UAUUUCCUUUUUUAGUUGCAACAGGGGAUGUUUUCAAAGGAUUCACGUUUUUAAAACUUUCUUCAUGUAAAAGAACAUUUUUUUCUGGGUCCUAAUCACAAUCUCCGUGAUGUUCCUAAUGACAAGCAAUAAGCUGUAAAGGUAAAAAUGAAUGAUAAAAAAGUAGCUGAGAAGUUAACAGAUUGAUGGAAAAGGCUAUGAUUUAAAAAAACAAAACAAAGGACUUCAGUAGUUUUUUAUUUAUUUUGACUUUUACAUAUGAUUUAUGUCAUUUUUAUGCAGAUUUGUAACUUAUUUUACAAUAUCGUCUAUUUCAUAUUAGAAAUGAAAGUGUGAAUAUUUAUAUUUUGUUUACCGUUACUGAGAAUUUACUACCAAUUAUUGUUAGUACAUGGAUGCAGGCACUCUGCAACGCCACCAAAUCCUUUAUUAUAAGAGUGUUUCCAUUUGAAUUAACAACAAUGAGUGUCUGAAAUGUUUUCUUCAUAAUCAUAUUUGGUUUUAAAAAACACCAUGACUAUAAUCAGACACAAUGCAGGUUGUAGUCAGAACCAUUCAAGAUUUACACCAAAAUUCUGCAGGAAAUUCACAUUAUUAUUCAUAACUGUAAUGAAGUUGGACAAAUUUGCAGAUUUUUCGAGUCAAAGUUACAUUUUCACAAUUUAAAAACAAUAAAAGUGCAAAGGGGACUGAAAAUGUGAAUGUUCAGCUUUAAUAUAUUUUCUAAAAUAUCUUUAUUUUGGCUCCAUUAAAUUUCUCUGCUACUUUGAUUGGAGUUUUCUAUUGUGUCAAAAACGAAUGCGCAACUUCCUUGUUUUGACCUUUUUCACAAUAGAGUUAAAGACAAUUUUGAAAACUUCCAUGUUUCCUGAGUAUUACAGUCAAAAAAAAAAAAACUACACAAAUAUUUUUGUGACCUGUUCUUCUGGUUGAUGCCAGAAUCACAGCAUCUUCUAACAGUUAAAGUCAGAAGCUCUUCACAUAAACUGAACAGAUCUGUAGAAGUCUAGAUCCAACAAAUCUAGAUUUCAUUCACUCUGUUUUCGACAGAUAUUAGUUUAAUGCUUUGGUUGGUAAAAUGGGGAAACUGGUAUUGCAGAGGAGAAAGAACUGAAACGAAAAAGUCUGAAAGUUCUCAUAGACAAACGGAAGAAGGAGACCACAAUUCAGCUGGUCAGCUACUACUGAUGCCAUUUUUUUCAACAUUUGAUAAAAAAGAAAAAAAAAAUCUCCACUGUUACUGACAUCAAAGCUCUGCAUGGUUAGCUCUCAUCACACCUUUUUCAUGCUCAAAAUAAAUCUAUUUACUCAUGAGCUCAUGUUUCUUGGUGUUUUUGUGGUUAAUUUGAAGCAAGUCAACAUUUUAAUCCCACACUACUAAUCAUCGCCUAAAAAGGAAGCGUUUUUACAGGUUCGACUUCCCCCAUUGCUCUGCCUUCAAGAGGAUGUCAGAUGCUUAAAGAAAACACAGAAAGAGGAAGACACGGAGAGGGAGAGAAAGAAGCACAUGGUUCAGAGGUGCUUUAUUUAUUCCAGUCAGUUCUUCUUCCUCUGAGUCCAGAAUGCAGAUUCCCAGAACUGGAUGUAUUGCGCUUUAUGCCAUGACUUUUGUUCAUCUUUGGGUAGGAAGAGUUUUUGCCUCGACGUCCCCGGCCCCUCUUCCAACACCGACCUUAAAAGUCAAAGUCAGGUCAAUCUAUUCUGUGGUUCUGGUUUGUCAGGCCCCAAAAGGCAACCAUGGAGUUCUGUUCAAGCUGUUCCAGGAAAGAGAGGAGGUGGACUUAGUGAACUUACAGUAUGGGGCUGAGGAGGUCCAGUUCACCGUCAGGGUGGACACGGAAAAGCCUAAAAUCUUCUGCUGCCUGUACAAGGACCAGCAGGGACUCUACAGUUUAAUAAGUCCCUACUUGGAUUUAGACGACCACAACGAUGAUGCCCCUACUGUCUUGCCUUCAAUCCCCCCUCCGCUCUUGUCUGUGGACCCCCCCACAGACGUGGUAAAACCAGGAGCCACUCUCCGUUUCAGCUGCAGCAUCCCCACUCCUCAAUCCCAGUCUCAAUCCCAGUCCCAGAAGCCUUCAUCUUUUCUCCUGCUGAGGACUUCUCAUCCUGCAGGGUCUACAUCGGUCAUCCUAAGCCCUAAGGCCAGUCGGGUUUCAGACACCCCACUGCCUGGGCAUUUCACAGUGGGACCAGUGAGGAAAGGAGACGAGGGCGAGUACACCUGCUUCUACCAGAUUACCAAAGGACGGGGAUUGGUUAACUCAACCGCCAGCAAUGUGAUUAAAAUCAUCAUUGCAGACAAGCUGCCAACGCCCAGCCUCGUCCUGCAGCAGACAGAUGUGUGGCACUUGCUCUGCGCCGGCUCGGCUGCGUACCCCGGUGCCACGUUCUCCCUCUUCCUGGCAGACAAUGAAGCUCCUGUUGCCACCCAAAGGACUCCAGUAACCCAGCAUCAAGCAGUGUUCCCCCUCCCAGUCCAAGACUCCUCUGUGGCUUUGUAUGAGUGCCAAUACAGCGUCCUGCUGGGCAGCAUGUGGAGCAAUUCUGACAGAAGCGUGGCUGUGUCUGUGACUAAAGGAAACUCACCAUCAUCUUCUUCAGGUGUGGACUGGCCUCUUCUGCUGGGCGCUUCUUCUGCUGCUGUGUUGUUCCUCUGCUCACUGGUGAUCAUAGCUGUGGUGGCUCACAGAAAAGUAAAAACAGCAGCUGAGAAAAAGAAGAAGAGGCAGGAAGCACAGUUCUGGACUAAAGUUCAUGGUAGAGACCAUGUCGUUGAUCUUACUCUCCGACGAACAAGUUUUACAUAUCAGGAAUGGAACAGCGGGGUCACGGAAACGGCCUCCAGAUCAUCUCUGUGGAACCCCCUCUCUACAUUCACCACCGAGAUCCAUUAGAAAUACCAGUUUCCUCCACACACGUGCUUGUGUGUGUGUGCGUGCACUUUAUCAGAGUUUAUCUGUGUAGAAUCAAUUAGUAUUUCACAGCAGGACAGGAAAAUGUAUUGUUUUUUUCAAAGAUUUGUGUGCUUGUGACUGUACAAUCAGACAGGAAAUGAUGCUUCUUUGAUGUUAAGCUAUUAAUGGAAUCACUGGUUUUAUUACAAUUUUUCUGCUAAGAUAAGUUAAUGUUUUUAUGAUUCUAAAGACUCAACUUUUAUGCUAAAAAAUCAUAAAUUACUUUAGUCUUUGUCUUCUUGUCAUUAAUUUUCUUAGUACAAAACAGUAUUUCACUUUAGUAAAAUUGUUGUUUACAUUCUUUAUUCAUGCUUUGUACAUUUUAGCUAAAUAAAAAUAAAUUAAACAUCAGAGUAACUCAUUCUUGAGCUGUAGCAUCCUAUUAACCUACAUUUUUUUGCAAAUCUUUUUUUCAAGAAACAAAGUAAAUACUGUUAAGUUCGAGGUGCUUGGGAGAGGCAUUUUUUAUUUUUUACUUUAAAGUUUCUGUAAAUUUCAAGUAAAUUCUGGGUUAUGGGUUUCUACUGCUAUUUUUAAGUAAAACGAAGACAAAAACAAGUGUUUUAAACAAAAUCCUAGCAAAAAGACGUCACUUUUUUUUAUUAAAAGGAAUAAAUAAUCUGAAUUUAAAAGUCUGCAUGAACGUACAAAAAGUCUAUAAUGGUGUUUUUAACUAAAUAAAAUAAUGUUUUUUUCAUGAAAACAUUCUUAAAUGAUAUAUACUCUGAUCAGUUGUUUCAAUGACUAAUUAUACAUUUAUUUGAAUUAAUUGUAAGAGCAGCAAUUUUGAUUUUAGGAAAUCACUUUUGUACUGAUAUAAACUGUCACAGGAUAUAAUUUUAUUUUAAGGUUACCUGAUGCUGAAAUGUUUUUUUUAUUUUUUAUUUUUAUUUAUUUAUUUAUUUAUUAUUAUUAGUUUUAUUUUAUUUUAUUUUUCCUGAUGCUGAAAUGUGCACGUCAAAAUGUCUCUUUUUUAAAAAUUCUAAAUCUGCUUAACAGUCGGCUAACAGCCUGCAGAGGGCGCUGUUUAUAUAUCCUGUCAAUGCCAGACAGCUUUUCAGAAGAACUAAAUUAUGGCCAUUUAUCAUGUUCCUGAUAGUGAAAGAAACACUGCGACCUUGACCUGUUUAAACAGCCUGGUAACGUCUCCGGCUUACAUCUGAGUCUUCAUUUAAAUCCUCCGCUGUAUAAAGUAAAUAGACUCACACAUAAAUGCAGGAGUUAGAAUUACCUAAAGCUUAACCUUUUUAUGCUACUUUUAUGAUGCACACUAACUCUGCCUUUACACUCCCGGACGCAGCACCAUAUGAGCUCUGGGUUGCAUAAAUUUUAUUAGGUUUGUUCACACGGAGCUGUCACUCAGUGGCUAAAACACUCAGGUAGGGUGUUUGUAUGCAGAUGGCUGUUUGUGAACAGAGAAGAUGUGAAAAUGUUCAAUAUAAAGCGCCUGCACAUGUGAGUCAUAGUUAAAUUCCAUGUGCAGGAGUGGAGAUGUGCAGCUGAAGAUAAGGGGAUUACUGUAGGCAAAUCUGUUUAACCGAGAGGCAAAAUAACGAUAAGAGCGCUCGGAAGUACAAGUUGACAAACUUAAAUCCAACCACACCAGCAGAGGAUUGUCCUGUGAGCUUU